AUGGCUGAAGCACGAGAUACCUUCGACGAAAAAACUCCAAGCUCCCCCGUCAUCGCCGACAGGCAUGUCGACGAGCGCAUCCUCGAGCACUCGCACGACGCCGACGUCGCGCUGCAGGCCCUCCAGUACAGCGAGGGCCAGGUGGUCACCCUCGACGAGGCGACGAACAAGCGACUGCUGAGGAUUAUCGACUGGCAUUUGAUGCCGUUGAUGUGUGUUGUGUAUGGGCUGAAUUACCUGGACAAAACCACUAUAUCCUAUGCAAGCAUCAUGGGCCUGGAGACGGAUCUCCAUCUGGUCGGCAAUCAGUACGAAUGGUUAGGGAGCAUGUUCUACUUCGGCUAUCUUGGCUGGGAGUACGGCGCCAACCAACUACUCCAGCGCAUGCCUCUAGGCAAAUAUUCAGCCGUCUGCAUUAUCCUCUGGGGCAUGGUUCUGUCCUGCUUUGCAGCUGUGGACAACUUCGGCGGCGCAGUUGCCAUUCGACUAUUUCUAGGCGUCUGUGAGGCGUCGGUCACGCCGGGGUUUGCUCUGCUAACCUCCCAGUGGUACACACGAACCGAGCAAGGCCAACGCACCGGCCUGUGGUUCAGCUUCAACGGCUUCGGGCAAAUCAUCGGCGGCGCAAUCGCCUACGGCAUAGCAGUUGGCACGGAGAAGAACGGCUCCUCCAUCGCGCCCUGGAAAAUCAUCUUCCUGGCCACGGGCCUCUGCACCGUGUGCGUCGGCUUCCUCUUCCUCUGGGUCAUCCCGGACAACCAACUGAAUGCGCGCUGGCUGUCGCCCGAAGACCGCAUUCUCGCCAUUGAGCGCGUGCGCAUCAAUCAGCAGGGGAUCGGGAAUAAGCAUUUCAAAAUGUACCAGUUCAAAGAAGCCCUGACGGAUCCGAUGACGUGGGCUUUUGCAUUUUAUUCGUUGGUGGCGGAUAUUCCGAAUGGGGGCAUUAGUAACUUUUUCAGUCAAUUGAUUGAAAACUUCGGCUACACCGAAACUCAGUCUCUGCUCUACGGCAUCCCCGGUGGCGCCGUCGAGGUCAUCGCCUUGAUUGCCAGCGGGUUCAUGGGCGACUGGCUCGGCCGCCGUCUGCUAUGCAGCAUGGGAGGACUGAUGUCUGCCAUGAUUGGGAUGAUCCUGAUUAUUGCGCUGCCCAUGUCGAACAACACCGGACCCCAGACCUUCCGUCCCCAGGAUGCGCCGCGCUAUGUGCCCGCCGAGAUCACGAUAGUAGUGUGCUAUGGCGUGUGCCUGCUUGAUCUCGCGUUCAUAUGGUGGUGGUACGACCGACAGAACAAGAAGAAGGCGCUGAUUCGGGCCAGCGCAGACUAUGCGAAGAUGGAGAAUCAAGAGUGGCUUGAUUUGACGGAUGGGGAGAAUGCAGAGUUUGUUUAUACUCUUUGA